AUGUCCGUUUUCGUUGUAACCGCCAUGGAUUUCGCCGUCCUCGGGUUUCUGGUUCCGUCUCUCUGGGAGAUCGAAGUCGCUUUCGUUGCCUCCGUAUUAGUUAUUCUAAUUCACUGGUUCUUCACGUUUAGAACCGGUGACCGUAACUCCGAUCGAUCCGAGAAUUCUGUUGCCGAUUCCUCCGACGAUAAGGUCAAGAUUGGCCUGAUCAGAGGAGACUCUCAAGCCAGUUCAGCAUACCUGAUUAAGUUAGAACUAUUGGCUGCUAAAAAUCUAAUUGCUGCAAACUUAAAUGGAACAUCGGAUCCUUAUGCCAUCAUCACAUGUGGCAAUGAAAAGCGGUUCAGUUCUAUGGUCCCUGGUUCAAGAAAUCCAAUGUGGGGCGAGGAGUUCAAUUUUAAUGUCGACGAACUUCCUGUCCAGAUCAAUGUCACAAUUUAUGAUUGGGAUAUAAUUUGGAAAAGUGCUGUUCUUGGUUCAGUGACUGUUCAAGUUGAAAGUGAAGGUCAAACUGGUGCUGUGUGGCAUACUCUGGAUAGCCCAUCAGGGCAGGUUUGCCUUCAUAUAAAAACACACAAGCUAUCAGCAAAUCCUACCAGGAUAAAUGGUUAUGGCGGAGCCAACACUCGAAGAAGGAUACCCUUGGAAAAACAGGGGCCAACAGUAGUCCAUCAAAAGCCAGGACCUCUUCAAACGAUAUUUGAACUUCAUCCAGAUGAGGUUGUUGAUCAUAGUUACUCUUGUGCACUUGAGAGGUCAUUCUUGUACCAUGGUCGUAUGUAUGUAUCAACAUGGCACAUUUGUUUUCAUUCCAAUGUGUUCUCGAAGCAAAUGAAGGUGGUUAUUCCAUUUGAAGAUAUAGAUGAGAUUCGAAGGAGUCAGCAUGCAUUUAUUAAUCCUGCUAUAACAAUUAUUCUUCGUAUGGGUGCUGGUGGACAUGGUGUCCCUCCUUUGGGAAGUCCUGAUGGCAGAGUCAGAUAUAAGUUUGCAUCAUUUUGGAACAGAAAUCAUGCAUUUAGAAAUCUACAACGCGCAGCAAAGAACUUUUGUGAGAAGUUGGAAACUGAGAAGAAGGAAAAUGCAGAGUCAGAAUUGCGAGCGCAUAGCAGUUCUGUCAGACAAAGUGCCGUAAUGGAUAAAGUUCCGGAAGCCAGCAUGCCGAAAGUUGAAAAACUUAAAACUUUCAUCAAAGAAGAAGCUUUAGUUGGUAUAUACAAUGAUGUUUUCCCCUGCACAGCUGAGCAGUUUUUCAAUUUAUUGUUAAAGGAUGAUUCAAAGUUUACUAGCAAGUAUCGCUCAGUACGAAAGGAUACUAAUCUUGUGAUGGGGCAGUGGCAUACAGCAGAAAAAUAUGAUGGUCAAGUCCGAGAGAUAACCUUCAGAUCCCUUUGUAACAGCCCUAUGUGCCCUCCUGACAUAGCCAUGACAGAGUGGCAACAUGUUGUUCUAUCACCAGACAAGAAACACCUGGUGUUUGAGACUGUGCAGCAGGCGCAUGAUGUUCCAUUUGGGUCCUAUUUUGAGGUGCACUGUAAAUGGAGUUUGGACACAGCCAAUGGAAGUUCAUGUGCUCUGGACAUAAGAGUGGGUGCACAUUUCAAGAAAUGGUGUGUGAUGCAAUCCAAAAUAAAGUCAGGGGCAGUCAAUGAGUACAAAAAAGAAGUCGAUGUGAUGUUAGAUGUUGCCCGUUCAUAUAUAAAGUCAUAUACUUCUGAUGACGAGAAUGAUAAGGUCUCUUCGUCCCCUGCGACGACUUCGGAAAGUUAA